CGAGAAAAUGGAAUAUAAGUUUUUACAAUACCCUUUUUCGAAACAGCUUAAGCUGUUGUUCUAUGUACAGUAGACGUCCUAAACCUACUAACUUUGUUAAUUUGGCCAGAGGUUUGGCUUUCGUUUUAAUUUGUGUAAAGAUGGGCCGUUUAGCCGGCCGGCCAAAAAAUGCAGUGUACAAAGUUCCGGUAUUCAAUGCUGCUCAUUACGCAUGCGUAAUGAGAGUAAUGAAAUGUUGCGAUUUUCUUCCGGCCGACAACAUGGACUCAUUUUAGUCGAAGAAGUUUACGUUGUUCAUGUAAUCUUUUCUUGAAAAGUCGCACAGUUUCACCUGAAUUUCGCUAAUUCUCACUCUUCUACAGACUUUAUACAUUACUACGUUUAUACGCUGUGAAAAUGAAGCCUUAAAUUCUAUUACUUCCGAGGCUAGUAAAAUGGCUACCAAAAAGGACAAAGCUUUGCAAGACUUUGAGAGUCAAUACCGAGGUAAGAAUUGAGUAAUUGUUAGCAAAUUUCCCAUGGGGAUAUUCCUAUUUUUCCAUAGGCAGAACGUACUGUUAUCUAUUCUAGAAAGACAAUAGGCGUACAUAUAUUUUAAAAUGCAUUUCCGGGUGCUAGAACCUUUUAUUGACAACUAAAUAAUUUCGGUAGAAACUUUCAGAUAUAUAGGCCAAUAAAUUCCUUUGAAAAAGUACAGCCGCUUACUGCUGAGGCCACUACAAUGGGGAUGUUUGUAUAGCGAGAAAAUACUGUAUUUGGACUUCGAUAUUAGAUUGACUGUAUCCAUUCGGCCUUGAAAUAUGGCCAUUGUCAAAGUCGCUACUUAUUCGUUGCUGACAAGCUAUACAAACAGCCACAAUGCAAUUGUUUUUUUUCUUCGUUACAUUCUGAAACAUUGCGUUCUUUGAAUAAUAACAUUGCCCGUCCAGACGAAAUGAGAGUCUAUUGAUAAGAAUCGAGAAGCUAGUUGAUUAUUAAAUAUUUAAAUUACAGCAAUUUUAUUAUCCCUUGCGUAACUGUUGAAGCUUUGAACACGAUGCUGAAGCGAAUUAUAGGGAAGUAUUCAAUAAGCACUUGAAGUUUCUCGAAACAAAACCGCAUCUUCGGCUGGGCUUUUUACACACUCAAUAUAACUGCGGAAAUGUUGUUUAUAAACAUGUGUUUUGUACAUAUCAAUUUCGUUUUUGAAGUUGAUUUUCCUGGAUAAUAUUACCGCUUUCGUUGUUUUGUAUGUAGUUCUCUUCAAAUUUUUCAUACAAAUAUAAAAUAUUUUAUUAUUGCUAAGACUCCCACCUCGAGAGCUCGUGCCGUUAUUUGCGGGGUGUAACAGAUUAUUUUCGUCAAAGAUUAUUAUUCGCUCACGGAAAUGCUGAAACAAUUAAUAUUUUUGUCGCCGUAUAGAAUUGCAUUAUGAUACCUAUGAUUAACCUUCCAAGUAAAGUAUCAAUUAUAUGUCUGAAUUUCUGCUGAACGUGUUAGUGCUUUUGCAAAAUGCUCAUAUGUAAACUUUAUGUGGAGAUUAUUAAAAAUGUGUGGGGGGUAUAUUUUUGGUGUAGUCUUAUAAAUUAUUACACAGUAUUUGAUUCAUCAGACAUAUUGAUUUUUGCAAUUGUCCUGAUUUGAAGAGACGGAUAAUCUGUCUGGACAAAGAAAUGGCCAAGGCAGAGUUUGUAUAAGAAUAGCAAACAGGUGGAACUUCUGUUGGGAUGAAAUAUUGGCAAGAAACAAUCAAUUUGUUUGUUCGUCCUGUCCUUAUAAACAUUGUACAUUUGUACCUUAUCAGGCAACAACGCCAUCAACAUCUCACUUUCUUUAUCUUGUUCUAUCAGACAAAUGUCUUGUACUUAGGCCCAGUUUAGACAGCAAACUUUCUGUGUGCUGAACGUGAUGCAACAAUUAAGUACGACAGAAGAGCACCGUCUAAAUAAAUUAAGUUCAGUAAGUUUUGAUUAGGUUCAACAAGGCACAAAAUACGGCAAGUUAUGUCAUCGUGUUAUGCGACAUGUGUUUAGACGCUGUACUUUUCAUGCGCCCAACCAGGGACAACAGUAGCACAGAAUAAGAAGGUACAGCAGAAAUGUAACUCAAGCAAGUAUUUGUCCGCGUUUUUACAAGCGAUUCGUCAUCAAUCAUGCCAUCCUGGCUAGUACAACCAGCACUUGGCAUCUACCAAAACCUGAUAAAAACUUUCGGUUGUACUAGCCAGGAUGGCGUGAGGGAGUUUUAAAAUUUUUGUGGAAGUAAAACAAUAAAGGAACCGACUCAAGUUACACUUCUGCUGUACCUUCUUAUUCUGUGACAGUAGCGACCAUUUUUCAAAAAAUUUAAGCCACCAUUUUUGUGAAUCUCCUGUUAUCAAUUCUUCAGAGGUGCACAAACAACUUGGCGAGCAGUUAAAAUCUUACGAUGCAAGAACAGAAAGUAAACUGUCAGUGCUUGCUGACUAUCAGGAGUUUUAUAAAAGAUUGGGCGAAGUUGAGCUAGAGUAUGCGAGAAAUCUUGACAAAGUUGCAGAAAGAUUCCAGGAUAAAUUACGUCAGAAAUUACAAAGGUACAGCAGGAUGGUGAUGACGAUGAUGGUGGUGGUAAUGAUGAUAGUGGUAGUGAUGAUGAUAGUGGUGGUGGUGAUUGUAUUGAAUAGUGAUGAUGGUAUAUGAUGGUAGUAACGAUGAUGAUGGUGGUAGUGUGAUGGUGAUGGGUGAAGAUGGCAGUAGUGAUUGAUGGUGAUGGUAGUGAUGAUGGAGGACCUUUUACACUGAAUGCGUGUCGUUCGAAACAUGUUCGAAACAGCUUCGAAAUUAUAGUUUUCCCUUUUAGAAUUACUCAAAAUUUCCUUCAAAUUUCCAUUAAAGAAUUUUCCUUUAUAAUUAUCAAAGAAAACCGGGAUACGGUAUACCGAUACCGGAAAUUUCUCAUACCGAACAUUCCUAGACCAAGGUGUGCACAUGUCAAUUACCUUGAAUAGCCAAAUUCACGGUUCUAGUUAUGGCUCGCCAACAACAGACAAUGCCUGUGGUUCUUCUGUGCUUCGGAACCAAAUACAAGGCGAGCAUACGCUCAUAUUGUGCACUGACAUUAAAAUAUUAAGUUAUUUCAGCAACUCUUGGGGGUAUUUAAAACCAUUUUACAGUAACACUGUCGCCUUCAAAACAUUAAAACAUCACGAAUCAGUUCUGCCAAUUUCAACAACUACUGUACAGUAGAUUUUACAAACAUUCUUACGACGUUAAAAUAGGAAGAAAUUGUCUUUGUUGUAAGCAGUAACACCUUAUUUUAUGAACCUACACUGUACACGGCCUUAUAUAAAUAAUGAAGCCGCGUUCUUUUUAUCUAGCCGUGUUUUCCCAUUUUUGGCCGCGAUAACACAGCCAACAUGGCCCUCUAGCUAAGACCCUGAAAGAUGAUGAUGAUGGUAGUGAUGAUAAUGGUGGUAGUGAUGAUGGUGAUGGUAGUGAUGAUGGAGGUGGUGGUGAUUGUAUUGAAUAGUGAUGAUGGUGGUGAUGGUAGUAAAGAUGAUGAUGAUGGUGGUGAUGAUGAUGGUGGUGAUGAUGAUGAUGGUGAUGAUGAUGGUGGUGAUGAUGAUGGUGGUGAUGAUGAUGGUGAUGAUGAUGGUGGUGAUGAUGAUGGUGGUGGUGAUGAUGAUGGUGGUGAUGAUGAUGGUGGUGAUGAUGAUGGUGGUGAUGAUGAUGGUGGUGAUGAUGAUGGUGGUGAUGAUGAUGGUGGUGAUUGUAUUGAAUAGUGAUGAUGGUGGUGAUGGUAGUAAAGAUGAUGAUGAUGAUGGUGGUAGUGGUGGUGAUAAAGAUGAUGGUGAUGAUAAUAGUCAUGGUCAUGAUGGUGGACAUCAUGGUGUUGGUAGUGAUGAUGGUGAUGGUAGUGGUUUGUGGUGAUGAUGGUGGUAAUGGCAUUGGUGGUGAUUGUGUUGAUGAUGGUGAUCAUGGCAUUAUGGUGAUGGUAAUGAUUAUGAAGUUGGUUAUAAUAAGAGUGGUAAUGAUGAUUACAAGUGGUUAUGGAAAUGUGUAUAAUUUCACAUAGUGUAUAGUAUAAACCCAUUGCACAUGACGUCACAGCGCCGGUGACGAUGCAUCUGGAGGACAAAUCUAUGCAUAAUAUAACUUCUGUAAACAAAGCAAAUUUUGUAAAACUUUAUAAUAAUUUUGUAUUAAAAUGGUUAAUUUUUGCACUGUAUGUGGUGGUUGUACCCGAAAAGAUAUUGUUAGGGAGCAUCUGGAGGACACUCUAAGGAUUUGUGAUGUCAGUGCAAUGGGUCUAUACUACUUGUUCAAAGGAUGAUGGUGUCGAUGAUGGUAGUGAUUUGAAUUUAUUUACUAGUAAGUAAACUGACAUUCUUGCAUCUUGAUUCUAGGAAAGAUAAAAUGAAUACUGUCGACAUUUUUUCAAGAAUUCUUCAGGAUUUAAAAUCCAGAGCAAAAAUCAGAUCAUUUAUGGCUAGCAGAGUCUCUGAGAACAUGGCCAAUCGAUUUGCAACAAUAAUUGAAGACGUCCAAAGGGUAAAUAAAAAGGUAUGCCACAGUUGAUAGUAUCUUGUACCUAUUAACUAAAAUGCAGUUUACAUAAUGCACAUAUUUUAAUAUAACAUUUUAUGUCUUUAGUGUAGAGAGACGUCAGUGACCUUACAGGAAGAAUUUAUGAAACAACUGAAUGACCUAAAUGAGGUAUUGUAACAAUGGUUGAUUCAAGGGGGUGGGGGCACCCUAAUAACCCCCACCUCCACAAUAUCAGCAAUCCCUCCCUGGAAAGAUUGAUAUUCUGCAUGCACCAAUGAACUUUUGAUGAAAAUUUGAGAAAAAUAUUAAGCAUGCAGUAGCGAUUCUUCACAAAAGGUGUCCUGUAACCUCAAUUGGAACCCUGGGUUUGUGCCUGCCACACCCUUGCCUUGCAAAAAUAUUGUGCAGUAACAUUGUGCCAUGUUUCUCCUUAAAGAGAGUUCGUCGCUACCACAUGAUGCAGACAGACAGCAAAUUAGCUGAAAGCAAGUUAAAAUCAGCGGAAAGCGCUCAACAGAAGUUACAAGCUCCACGAAAACGAGCAAGUGUAAAGAGAGCGAAAAAUGCUGAUAAACUAAGAGAAAAGGUUAGUGGGCUGGUUUUAAAUGGGUAAUUCGAGCUAUAGACUAAAUUUUGAUCAAGGUAAGAAGAACGAAAUCCAAUACAACAGCUAGAAGGAGCAUCUUAGAAUUAGUAAAACUGCAGAGAUUGGUUGCGAAAUGUUGUAAAAUGAAGAAAAUAUAGCCCUGUGAAGUUUGCAAAUUUUGUAUAUAUUUGUAUUACAUGCGGUAAAAUAACCAAAAAUGUUCAAAAAUGGUUAUUUUUCCCGCGCGUAAUGCAAAUAUAUACAAAAUUUGCAAACUUCACAGGGCUAUAUUUUCCUCAUUUUACAACAAUUCGUAACCAAACUUUGCAAUUUUACUCAUUUUAAGAUCCUCUUUCUAGCUAUGGUAAUGAAUUUCGCUCCUCGAUCUUGUCUAGAUCAAAAGUUCGUUUAUAUUUGAAAUCAUCCAUUCAUAACAAUAUGCAAUUAUUUGAUUAUAAAUUUGCAUCAGUUUUAGCACAGAAUAAUUUUUUGUUUGAAUAUACCUAACUGUCAGUACAGGGUCUUAGCCAGGAUUUGCAACUUGGGUGUCCAAAUUUGAAAUUUCGUUUAUGACACCCAAUUUUUGCCAUAUGGAACCAUGGCACCACUUUAUGCACCAGUAAUUCAAUGUGAGUAUUUCCGAAUGCUGGGAGUAAUCGGUGACUGCACUUGAGAAUCGCUCAAAAAACUAAUAAUAUAUUCAAUUAUUCAGACUAUGUCACUACUCACUACACUGACUAGAGUAGUACAUGCGAUUCUGCAUGCUAAACACCCUUUCUGCUUCUGCAUUUCCAACCAUUACACACAAGCAAGUUGCCAUAUAGUUGAAAACUAGGUAUACUUGCGUAGGUAUACUUGCGUAUAGGGUAGGUGUCACUAGCGGCGCAUGUUUACACUCGGAUUACAAAAUUACAUAUUACUAAAACGCAAAUACAUAAAUUAACAUAAUAUUUUAUUGUAAGGUACUCUACAGAUUUACCAAGCCGUCCAAAAGGCGUCACCGUGAUAACGAACCGUCCAAAAGCCGUCUUUUUUAUAAGGCCGUCCAAAUUUGAAAAUGGCCGUCCAAAAGACGGCUGGACGGUAGGCUGGCUAAGGCCCUGAGUCCUAACACUACAGGUUCCCCCAAGUACUCUGUUUUUGUCUGCAGUAAUGAAUACAUAAAAGUCCAUUUCAACUCAAUGCAAUUUUUGCUGCAAUAUUAGGUGAGAAUUUAACCUUCUGAUGGAUGUGAACGAGUGGAUGAGUUACGAAUGUUCAGAUGGUAGCGCACAUACUCAGAACAUUCGUAACCCAUCUACUCAUUCACAUGAUUCCAUCAGAAGAGAAAAUUGCACUAGAAAUUGACCACUUGCGUAAUAGACUAAAUUUUGAUCUAGACAAAAAUUUCAUUAUACAAUUACUUUAUGGUUUCCGUGUUUGGAUGGCCUGAUCCAAACACGCGGGAAUGUUGCGAGAGUUAAGAAAAGCGCGCGAAACACGAGCCGAAGGCGAGUGAUUUUGCGCGCUUUUCUUAACUCGAGCAACAUUCCCAAGUGUUUGGAUCAGGCCAUCCUAACAGGGAAACCAUAAAGUAAUUGUUUUAUAAAAUAACAACAACACGAUAGUCUUCCGUGUUUGGAUGGCCUGAUCCAAACACGGGUUUCGACCAAUCAGAGCACGCGUUAUAUACAUGUUAUUUUAUAACACAGCUUGAAAGAGCAUCACAAAAUUAGUAAUAUUCCAAAGUUUCGUUGCGAAAUGUUGUAAAAUGCGGAUAAUAUAGCCUUGCGAAGUUUGCAAUUUUCAGUCAUUUUAGAUUACAAUACCCUUUGGGGCUGUAAAUUUCCCGUUUGUAAUCUAAAAUGACUGAAAAUUGCAAACUUCGCAGGGCUAUAUUAUCCGCAUUUUACAACAUUUCGCAACGAAACUUUGGAAUAUUACUAAUUUUGUGAUGCUCUUUCAAGCUGUGGUGAAAUUUUUGUCUGGACUUAUUUUGAUCAAAAUUUAGUCUAUUACGCAAGUGGUCAAUUGCAGCAAGUGUAAACAGGUCUUAAAGGAUGGCCGUUACUGGACCUCUCCCGAGAACUGUUUGGAAUUAACAAAUAUAAAACAUUUUCCGUGUUGAUAUACAGUUAUAUCAACACGAGUGAAAAUUGGGGAAACGAGAAAUUGUGUGGAAACACGACGCCCGAAGGGCGGAGUGUUUUCACACAAUUUCAAGUUUUUCCAAUUUCUACGAGUGUUGAUAUAACUGUAUAUCAAUACGGAAAAAAUGUUUUAUAUUUGUUUUAUAAUAUAGCACAAAGAAAUAUAUAAAGAAAGAAAUUUUCCCACGUUUCCGUGUUGACUCUGAGUUAUAUCAACACGGCUCUUAGCCAAUCAGCGUUCAGAAUUUACAAAUGCUAUAUUAUAAAUAAAAAUUAAAUAUAGUUAUCAUAUUUCUUUUUCAUCAUAUAGUGUCACAAACGUUACACAGAGACCAAAUUGAAAGCGAUGCGAGCCCGCAAUGAAUACAUUCUCAGCUUGGAGGCAACAAAUGCUUUUGUAAAGAAGUACUUUGAUCAGGAUAUUUAUGAUAUUCUAGAGGUGAGACGAUGCACCCUGACAGUCGGUGCCAACAUAGAUAUAGUAACAAUAAAGACAAUAACACUAGAAAGCAAAAAGAAAGUAAAACGUCAACAUUUUGAGCGAAGGCCCUUAUUUAGGAAGUUAGUGGAAGUGUGUGUAGAUAUUUUCUAGUGUGUAUAUAAACAACCCAUCGUAAUACAUGAAUCAGUCACAUUAUAACACGCAUGAAGGAUCCGAUAAUCCAAGAUUUUUAGUUGUACUUGACUGGUAUACCAAUGAUUGUUGCCGCGUACUUGCGCUAGAAACAACUCCUCAAUGUGUAUACUUAGUCUUUAUACAAAAUGUAUACAUCAAGAACAAAUUUCUGAAAAGUAUAUUCAAACUACUACACAAUCGACCUCAACAUGUCUUAGUGUUGUCAGUCCAAUCAUGUUUCUUGCCAAGACAUGUCAGACUUAACACAUACCAACUAAAUACGGUAUUGAAUACCUUGGGCUUGGAAAGGUCAGAUGGUGCCAAAAAUUUAAGUACGCAGAUAGCAAGAGUACCACGUACCUUGCGUAGGUAGGUUGCUGAAAAUAAAGGCGUAGCAGACCGUAAUAUUAGAGAGGUUUAGCAAGUGAAAAUGGCGUAAGAAUGGCGUGGGCACAUCCAUAGCAGGGCUCGAAAUAACGUUCCCAAUGUUCCCGAUCAUGGUGAUCAGCAGUCACGAUUUUCUGCUGAUCAAAUGAAAAUCUGGCUGAUCAGUACAGGAUAUGUUCUGUUUAUAUGUUCUGUGAUAAUGCCGUAGUAUUACAUGGUGUUCGUUAACGACAUUAACCGUGUUUUUGAGACAAUGGUUCUUGCCAGUCAAGAUGAUCGGCAACCUUGCUUCUCUGCCGAUCAAGAGCAAUUUCCUGCCGAUCGUUGAUCGGCCGUUAUUUCGUGCCCUGCCAUAGAUGGGCAUAUCACGCCAUUUUUGCGCCGUAUUCACGUCGUCUUUGACGUCGCGUCGUCUUUGCUAAACAUCUCUAUUGGCGUACCUCCGGUACGUAAGUACGCGAAUUAUCGCACCCUGACACGUUUCUUCAUGAUCUUCAUUUCAGUGUUACGAUCACAACUAUCAACAAGCAUUCCAACGAGCGAUGGAUUACUAUGCGGGCAUGGAGAUCCAGGCUUCGAAAAUGUUGCAGAAAGAUUUGACAACAUUGAAAGAUAAUGUGAAAGGCAUGAAUGCGGAGAGCGAGAGAUUGCGAAUCGCAUCAGAUAAUCCACACACAUUUCAAUUCACUGGAAAAUUUGUUUUCAUCAACCAUUCUGACGACGAGGUGCGUUCAUUCAAUUGGUUUAUUCAAAUGAACAUGAGAGGAAGCCUUUUGUCCUUAGAAAGCCUGAUUUCACUAAUUAACAUCUCUCAAGAGUAGAAUUGCAUUGCAAAUUGCAAGACAAAUUGCACCGUGUAACAUGGCCUUUUAGUUUAGUUUGAUCAGGUAGAACUCAUGGCCGUAUUUUGAGGGGAGGGAGGGGGCACCUCCCCUGAAAAGGUAUGCACCUCCCAUUGGGGGAAGUUUCAAUGAUAGAUCAAAGUGAAAAUUUGACAUUUUUUGUUGCUUAUAGGGUCUACGCUUCGUAAGAAAGGGUUUUUUUGUAAAAUUGAAAAAGUGAUAGUGUGUCAAGUACCCUUUUAAUGCAAUGUUUCGAAAGAAACUUUGUAGUAAUUGUAAUGAAGGGCAAGUCAUAAUUCAUUAAUACAAUGGGUACAUAUGUACACUACAUGCAUACGUCACGUUGUUGACUUUGGCCCGUUGUAAGCCAUGGUGGUCGUGAACUAGACCGCUGCACCUCCCCUAAAUUUCUUUCCACCUCCCCCACUAUUUCCACCAAAAUCCGGCCUUGGAUGAACGCUUUUUGGCUUACAAUUGUACACAUUGUUUAAACCCCUGUGUUUUACGCAGGUUUGUCAAAUCACAGCUCAAGAACACGACACAUUGGACAAGCAACAUUCUGACGUUGAAGAAAGAUUAAAAACGGCCAAAUCUGAAACUGAAGAGGUAUGCACCCUACUUUAUUAUUUUACUCCGUCUAACAUCAGACGAUUUUGCUCAUCAAGGGGAAAGUACUGCCUGGGUUAACCCUGCUGUGCACGAAUGAUCCAAUCAUUAACAUGUUGUAUUUCAUUAGAUCAAUAAAAGUCUCGAAGCGGCCAAAGACACUCUACGCAACACAUACAACAAACUCGACCAAGAACUCAGCGCGGGAUUUAGUAAUGAAAAGGGUGGGAGUGGUGGCAUUGAAUCGUCAGCGACCAAAUCAAAUCGGGAAGAAUUAGAAAAUUAUCAUUUAGCGGUAAGCAGACGAUUCUAUUAAGGGUUGUUAUGUUACUCCAUUUUUCCCUAUAACUUGUGCAACCAUGCGUCAAUUUCGUAAUCUCUUCCAGAAAUUUAAAGAAUUAAUCAUGACAAGUUCAGUUCGGACAAGACUUCAGGCGAAACAUACUGCUCUAAUGAAAGCGUUAGGUAAGAGAUAUGAUCAUACCCUGUUUCGUAACCCACUGGGUGUCAGCACCAGGGGUGGAAAAAAUAGGCGAACACUGCUCGCAGGAAAUGUGAAACAGCUGCAGGAAAUUCGUUUCAAUGAAGAUUUGCUAUUGAAAAUUUGAAGGAAACCUUAACACCCAUGUCCCACUAUGGGCGCAACAACAUAUGGUUGACAGACAUUCCUGAAUUUAAAACUAUAUACGGUCAGUCAGAAAGAACACUACACAGUAUGUUUAUGCACAUGCAGAUUUAGCACAAAAAUACUUCGUUGGUCUGCAGGAAAUUUUUGUCUCCAGGUUUUGCUCCCAGGAAGAAAAUUAUUUUUGGUCAACCUCUCCCUGGUCAACACUCUCUUUCACGAAUGCUGGUAUCUCAGUGGAUUACAAAAAAAUUUUCAGACCCUGUCAGGGCGCAAUGCCACUUUGUGGGUUAACAUGACAGUGAUGACACAUGGGCAGUCUGAUUAAUACUUUAAAUGGAAUUGUACCCCCAUUGCGCCCUAUUUUGUUAUUUUACUCUGUAUAAUGCCAAACGAUUUUACUCGUUAAGGGGAGAGCGCUAUCACGCAAUAUCGCCUGGCAUUAGACAGGGUAAAGUAACAAAGUAGGGCGUAUCGCCACUUUUAAAGGGUUAACCAAGUUUAAUUUUGUUUUUAUCAUAUAUGUCUAAUUUUGUUUUCUUUUAUUAUAGGUGGGGAACCUGGAAAAAGGUUUGUAAAAUAAUCCCAAUUUUUUUUGUGGUUACAAAGAACACGUAACCACAUGACCAUAAGUAAAAAAAAAAGUUUACAUGAUUAAAUUUUAACCAAUUUUCAAUACGUUUCCUCCAGACCACCGCAGCUUCCAAUGAAACCGAAUGCCAAAACCCAAGCGUUGAUUGCAAAUGCGCACAAGAAAUAUCAGUUGUUUGGGAGCAAGCUGGAAGAUUACGUCAAGGUAUAGCAUGUUCAUUAUUACAUAUCCAGAAAAUGAAGUUACGGCGCUCAAAAUAACGGCCGGUCAACGGACAAUGACCGGCCAAAAAUGCCUCUUGAUUUUUUUACCUCGCCAGUCAUUUUCACCGGCCACAUUUUCAUGCCUUCCAAUGUGAUUGCUAACGUCUUGAAUUUAAACUUGAAACUAUGAUGUAUGGAAACAAGUUUCUAAAGCCCUGGGCAAACUAGGAAACAUUGUUGUGGAAACAUUUGUGAUUUUCGAUGUUUCCUCAAAUGUUUCCCUGUUUGCCCACCCGUGGAAACAUUGUUGCGGAAACAAAAUUUGCUUCCCGAGAGGCAAAAACGUUUCCUAGCGAAUUCAGAAACAUUUGAUGUUUCCCUAUGUUUCUCACUAAUGUUUCCUAGUGUUUGCUCACUCUGGGAAACGUGGCGAUACAUUGGCAGGAAACAAUGUUCCGCAACAAUGUUUCCUAGUUUGCCCAGGGCUUAAUAGUUUGGAAUGGCAGGGCCGGCGGUUUGAUUCCUGCCAGAAGACCUACUGUUGCAUUUUCGGCAACUGCUCUUGCAUGAUUAGGUCUAAUAAAUCAGGGUGUUAGCUAGCCCAUAUACUGUCCGUUUGACGGACUCUUCCCAAUUGAAGUAGCUAAGGGACUUUCCCAACUGGGUCUACUGGACGAUUUUCAUUUUUUCUGAUGAGAAAGUGCAUUGCGUUUGAUUUUAUAUUAUUAUAUCAAAGAACGUUUCAUUUACUUUUUCCCAUUAACUAUUUUCUCAAAAUGUAUCGCGUUUCAUUCAUAUUGGGUGUGUAUUCACUGAAAUGAAAUGUACAAAACAAAGUGUAAUCAUGUAAAGUUCAUCCGAGUUCAUUCACCGGAAAUGGAAUGUAAAAAACUGAGCUACCGUUGUUUGCAUCUAAGGAGAAACACGUUGGAAGAAAACACUAUUUAUUCCAACACAAGAACUUUGGUCGGUCAAAAAAACUUUCCCAAUUUACGUUUAACGGACAAAACUUUUUUCUGGCUAACACCCUGUACCUGCAACCUGCAAGUGAUAGGAGGUAACUGUAAACCUGGUUCAGAAGGUGAUGCCUGCAAAAAAUAAAUAUACAGACAUGUUAAGGAACCAGUUUAUGUAAAUGUACAAUAAUUGCACUUGAAAUUUAUAUCUACAAACCCUUUCAAUAGGUGACAGGUCGGCCAGUUCCGGAAAUCGUCGAGAGUUGUGUUCGAUUUAUCACCAAAUUUGGUAAAUAAGAUAUGCUACAUAUGAUAGUUAGCCAUGAAAAUUGGAUUCAACAGUGCAUAAAGUGGAUGUACAAUAAUUUGAAUAUGCUGAGAUGUUGACCAUUCCGAUAGCCAAUUGCGCGUUUUCAAAGCAAUCUUUAAUUUUCAAGGUAUGGAUCAUCAAGGCAUUUUCAGAGUUCCUGGGUCAAGUACGGAAAUUAACGAUAUGAAAGAAGCUUUUGAAAACGGUAAAUAUAUACAGUACAUAAUAUACAUAUAGUAAGUGUAAUUUACUUUUUAUAUUGUAGUCAGUUACCUUGAAAUAUAUUCUGGCUUAUACUUUGUCUGUUAGCCUUUAAAAACGUUUUUAUGGUAUAUUUCUUUAUGUAGGUCGUGAUCCUUUGGCAGGCUUAAAUCAUUGGAAAGAUAUAAAUGCAGUUGCCGGAGUAUUACGAUGUUAUUUCCGAGAGUUGGAGGACCCUCUGUUUCCCAGAGCGUAUUAUCAAGAAUUUAUCGAGGCUAGCAGUAAGUACUCGGGUCAAUUUCCAUGUUAACAUGCAACCAUAAUUUCAAUAGAGCGAUUUCGUACCCUCACCUAAGAGUAAACUUGUAAUGUUUGAGUCAAAAUAGCAGCAUGUGACCAUAGUCUCUGUCAAGAUAUGUUGGUCUGGAAGCCAGGCAAACUUCAAAGCUACAAAAUAGAAGAGCUUUGUUUGAUGUUGAACUGUGCCUCACCUUGCACAAAUCCUUUGUCUCAACUUCAUUAAAUAUUAUUCAUCGUGCAUGGUUGCACGUUUCAACUCAACUAUCCCUAUUGGACGAUUACUUCAUUAUACGAAAAUACAAUGAGCUCAAUCACCGUGACCGUGCACAAAUUAACAUAAACUCCGACAUAACACCAAGGGUGGGUAGUAGCGAAGUAGUUGUAGUUCGCUACUGUAGCGAACUACAAUUUUCAAGUAGCCAGUAGUUUUUGACUACUUUUUCAAAACAGUAGCUGUAGUUAUAGCGAACUACAUUUUGCCUAAAAGUAGCCAAGUAGUUGACUACUUUUCAAACAGCAAAUCGCUGUUCGCUACUUUUUAAAAUUGUUAGCAACUUGAUAGAAUAGAAUGUUAUUAAGACACAGUUUGCUUAAAAUCAAUACUCAAUUUGCACGAAUAAAGUAUGCCGUGCAUGCCGUCUUAUUUACUCGCGUAAGUCGAUUUGUUAUAGGUUACAUUACAGCCUGAGCUAUAGUAGAUGUUCCAAAUACAGUAAAAUUAAAAAAUAUUGAGUAGCGACAUAGCGAAAUAGUUCGCUACAUUUUUUAAGCAGUAGCUGUAGUCAGUAGCGAACUACCUUUGUUCAAUAUAGUAGCAGUAGUUGUAGCUGACUACAUAUUUUUGAAGUAGCUGUAGUUAUAGCGAACUACAAAAAUUUUGUAGUCAAGCCACCCUUGCAUAACACAAAUGACUCCUGUUUAGUUUUCAGACCAUCAUAUCUUUGAUAGACUAUGUAACUGAGCCAAAAUUAUAGUCGGACAACAACAUAUUGGAGUGAUUUAACCCCGGUCGGUAUCAACCAUUGAACUAUAAAUAAACUGGAAGGCUAACUCAGGGGGGGAAAUUGAAGCCAGUGUAUUUUAGUUUUUCUGAGUUAUGAGCAGAAAUACUCAACACUGAACGUUGGGCAAUAUAUCAAAUUGAAGCUAUUGAAAAACGCUAUUUGGUGUGGAAAUUUCAAGACUUUAGCUAAAAGGGAAAUAUUGAAAAACUACAAACAUAAUUACCGAUAAUUUGCCGUUUUGCAGUUGUUUUUGUAUUUUUAAAAUAUUUUUCUUUUCGCUGAAGUCUUGAAAUUUCCACACCGAAUAGCAAUUUUCAAUAGCUUCAAUUUGAUAUAUAGUCCGACGUUUGGGGUUAAGUAUUUCUGCUCAUAACUCAGAAAAACUAUUUUGGCUUCAUCAAAUCAUAGGCCUUCAUCAUAGCAGUUAGCCUUCCAGUUUAUUUAUAGUUCAAUGGUAUCAACUGACUCGCACUUUUUUUCAUCCUUAGGAAUUUUCGAUUCUGACGAACAAGCACGAGCGCUCAAUCACGUGAUUAAGAAGCUCCCGGAUGCCGUCGUUGUUGUAAUGAAGUACUUGUUCAAGUUUUUAUUCGCGUAAG